AUGUGGGCGGAAGUGGACGGAGAGCGCAAGAAGGUCGCAUGCUGUGAGCGCGUCGUCAUCAACUACACGAUUCCAAAAUCUUCGGAAUGCGCCUGUCCAUCUGAGCGCGCCCAGCCAGUGGCUGCUGUUACCGGUAACAGCCGCAUCCAAAAGCCUAGGCGAAAAUCCACAGCUGUCAACGCCGCAUCACUCGAGAGAGCUAUUCGAGCAGGUCAAGAUGCCGAGACAGACACGUCGUCCCACACCCAAACGCCAACCGAACGAAGCGGCAGCAAUGAAGCAUCGCCACCCUCUAGUGCGAGCUCCACGCCUCGCCUGUUUCCUGCCCAGAAGGGUAGUUGUUGCCAACCGAAGCCAGCCGAGCAGCCUGUGCAACAAACUGCCCAGCAGGGCGGAUGUUGCAGUAGCAAGGCCAAGACGAUGCAGGAGCCCGUACAGGUAAAGUCUUGUUGCUCAGGGAAGACGGUACAAGCAAAUGCAACACAGAACUCGCAGUUCCAGCCUCACGUUGCCCAAGUUUAUGGACAACAAAUACAGUUCCAGUUGCAGCCUCAAGUGCACAACCCGCAGUAUUCGAACAUGCAACCUCAUGCGUCAGCCCCUGCUUCAUUUCCGUUUGGCUUGGGCGCGCCAAUAUACAACCACGCCGCCGCAGCAUACCAUCAACCAAGCUCAGUGAACAUGGGUCCUAUGUCGCCCCACAUGGCUGGACCACCCGUCGGACAACAUGCACCGGAGCAUAACUGCCACUGCGGAGAGUCGUGUAGCUGCUUUGGAUGCGCAGCACACCCGAACAAUGCUACCAUGAUGGAGUAUGUCCGACUCAUGGCACAGUUCCAGUACACUGGCGGCUUCGGUACCAUGUCGCCACCACUUUACGACAUGCCCACGUAUCCUCAUCAUCCUGGCUUUGGAGCAGAGGCGCAUCAAGGCAUGGGCUUUAACCCUAUGAACCACGGGUUCUCGACGCCCACCCCGACCCAGAUGAGCUUCGUUCCUAACAUGCACAUGGGCUCAAUGUCUGGCACACGCAUGGCGGCAUCAAGCGGAUGGCAGCAACCACCCGUCGCCGCACCUGCAAUGCCCCAGCCACAAUUCUUCGAACCCAGCAGUUAUGUCGUCCCUACACCAACGUCUGAAGCACUGCCCGUAUUGAAGACCGAGGAAUCUGCAGCAUCACCUAUCACAGAAAGCUCCAGUGACGGUAAAGAUGAGGAUACGCCCACACUCUCUCCUUCAUCAUACUUUUGGAACGAGAUGACACUACCUGGAUGCAAUGAUGCUACUGGUACUUGCCAAUGUGGCGAUGGCUGUGAGUGCGUUGGGUGCCUGACCCACGGCGGCCACAACGGUGUGCAACUCGAGGUUCCAGAGAUCAGUGAUGCCAGCACAUUUCCCGACUUCUCGGCCGACGCCGGUGCCCUGCAUCUCGACGACGACCCGAACAACUUCCUGUUCGCCUCGACGCCCUCAUGA